ACGGUUUAGUAUCGUCGCGACAAUUAUCGUAAUUAACUCGUUUAUGUGUUGUGUGCUAAUCCAAUUAUCCAAGUUCGCGCAGGAUGCCCCCAAGAAGACGCAGCAUGCAACGUGGCAGUGAAACGAAAUAAAUUAAUUCAAUCAGCAUACAAUUAGAGAGACAAAUGAAGAAUUUUAACGCACAAUUCGCAUACCUAAUUGAAUUGUGUUGCAUUCUAUUCCUCUCAUUAUCUCCGUCAUCAUCAUCGUCAUCAACAUCAUCAUCAUCAGCAGUGUCAUUGUCAACGCGCUUGUCACUGUGAACCAAUUGUUCAAUUAGCUAAAACAGUGAUUUAAGAAAUUUAAAUUCAAUUUGUCAACCAUGCUAAACUAUCAGCAGCAGUUGCAUUCGCUGCCCGUCGGCAAUGCCGGCAAUUUCUAUUAUGCCGCCACAUCGGCAAUCCCGUCGGCAGCAUCCAAUCCAUCCGGGCCUGAAUCUGCAUCCGCAUCCGCAGCUGCAUCUGCAUCUGUAUCUCUACCUCACUCUCUGUCAUCCGCUGAGGUCGCGUAUCCCUCACAGCCACAUCCAAUGGAACUGGAGCAGAAGCUGCACGAUGGUUUCUAUUCGAAGGAUAAACUCAGUGCAAAUCGAAGAGAGUUUGACAAAAUGCACAGAUUCUCCGUUGAUAAUCUUAUUGAAUUGAAACAGGAUGCGCAUGCAAAGAGCAAAUUGCCUCUGGAAAUGUCUAAUAAUUUUGGCACCGCCACCGUUGAUUACCCCAACAAUCUGACAUCUGGGCACUCAAGAAAGCCCCGACGCAAUCGCACCACCUUUAGCUCAGCUCAACUCACGGCCCUGGAGAAAGUGUUCGAGAGAACGCAUUACCCCGAUGCUUUUGUGAGGGAGGAGCUGGCGACAAAAGUGCAUCUGAGCGAGGCACGAGUUCAAGUUUGGUUCCAGAAUCGUCGAGCCAAAUUCCGGCGAAAUGAGCGCAGUGUCAGCAUAGGUCGUCCCCUCUUGGAUGCAGCCACUCAACUGGUGCCAGCUCCCAUACCCAACAACAUCCACAAAUACCCGAAUCUCUCACACACAGGACCUCCUGGCGCUUAUGCCCUCAACUUUGCCCCACUAGAGCUGCGCUCCUGUCAGAACUAUACCAACUGCUACAGCGGAUUCUCAGCAAACCCGACCAGCAGCAGCGGCGUCUGCUCGUUCUUUGGGGCGCCCAAUUACUGUAUGGCAGCGAACUAUGCGAAGAACGCUUAUCCGUCCCUUUGAUGAUACUGCUGGCACCCUUGAAAGGCAAAGCAUAGACUCAAAUGUAUUUCAAUUAGCGAAUUUGCUCUAUUCACAUAACAUAAUUAUUAGAAUGAAUUAAGAUUGAAUUAUACCUGACUU